AUGAAAGUGUUUUCCCUCCUUUUACUACUUCUUGGAGCAGUCUCAUCCUACAAAUAUGUUGUUUUUGUUCCAAAUAUGGCCAACAGUCAGACUCAGUUCUGUGCUCGAGUAGCUGAAGUUCUUGCAAAUGGUGGUCACGAUGUCACGAUGCUUUUCAUCAAUCACUUAUCUGAUUUCAAGACAGAUGUGAAAAUUCCAAAGGGUGUUAAAUCGUAUCAAUUGGACGCAUUUGUUGAAGGAAUCACAAAACAACAAAUUGAAAAAGAGCAAGCCGCGAUGAUUUUCAAGGAUACUGGUUUGAGAGAUAUGCCAAGUAUGAUGGCAAUGUUUGGUAGAUUCGGAAAAAUGCUUCAAGACGGAUGUCGUUCGAUGAUUCGGAACAAAGAAUUCAUGAAAUGGUUAGAAAAUGAAAAGUUUGAUGUGGCAUAUGCAUACAUCUAUUCUACGUGUCCAAUUGGAUUGAUUCAUACUGCAAAGAUUCCAUCUUGGGUAUGGCUGAACAGUGGUCCAUUGAUGGAUUAUGUUGCUCAAACAGUUGGAGUCCCAUUGAUUCCAAGUUAUGUACCCCCUGUUAUGAUGGAAUCUCAUGAUGAAAUGGGAUUCUUCUUCAGAACAAAAAGUCUCAUUGGACACGUUCUCAUGGGAUUGCUCCAUAGAAAAAUGUCUUCAAAUGCCGAAACUGAAAUUUUCCGCGAAGAAUUGAAAGAUCCAAACUUCCCACAUACUAUGGAUAUUGGAGCGAAAUGCCCACUAAUUAUUGUAAAUAGCAACGAACUUUACGAUUUGCCACGCCCUACUUUAGCAAAAGUAGUCAAUAUUGGAGGAUUGGGAGUUGGAUUUGAUAGCGCCAAACCAUUGACUGGAGACUUCAAAAAGAUAUCAGAGACAGGAAAAGGAUUGAUUGUAUUCUCAUUUGGAUCAGUGGCAGCUGCCCAUGAAAUGCCAUUGGAAUGGAAGAAUUCAAUUCUCGAUGCAUUCUCAUCACUUCCAGAUUAUCAGUUUGUAAUGAGAUAUGUGGCUGAUGAUUUGAAUGAUAGACUACCGAAAAAUGUUCACUUGUUCAAAUGGCUUCCACAAAAAGAUCUUCUUCUACAUAACAAGACAAAGGCAUUUAUUACUCAUGGAGGAUACAAUUCUAUGCAGGAAGCAAUCUCUGCUGGUGUUCCUCUUGUAACAAUUGCUCUUUUCGGUGAUCAACCAAAGAAUGCACAAGUUGCAAGAAAGCAUGGGAUUGCUGUGAAUAUUCAAAAAGGAACACUUUCAAAAGAAACCAUUGUGGAAGCAUUGAAAGAAGUUAUCGAGAAUGACAGUUACAAACAAAAAGUUAGUCGUCUGUCUGCAAUGGUCCGUGCUCAACCAAUGAAACCAGCUGAACGUCUUCUCAGGUGGUCGGAAUUCCUCGCUGAAUUCAAGCAACUUGAUAAUUUGGAACCAGCCGGACAGAAAUUAAAUUUCCUUCAGUAUCAUUCACUUGAUGUUAUUGUAUUCCUUUUCACUCUCAUUUCUCUCGUUUUCUACAUUUUCUAUCGUAUUCUCAAGUCUUUAAUCAGAUGUUGUUGCUGUAGAAAAUCAUUGGAGAAAAAGAAAAGUGAGUAG